AUUAGGAAGAGCCGAAAAUCAGAGGGGGCAAGAUUGAUUAAAAAGCCCUCUCAUUCUCAAAUCUCACUGAAGAAGAGGGAAAAGGAAUACGAAAAAAAUCCUGUAACGCCAAAAACUUGUGAUCCAUAGGAGUUUUGCAGUAACAAAUCCACCAGUAUCAUCCUAUGGUUCACAAAGUUUCCAUCUUUGUUUGAUGCGCCGACCGAACGCACGCUCAACAAGCCCUAAUUCGGAUAAGGUCAAGGAUAUGGAUCCGAUUAAGCUUCACUUACGACCGGCUCGACCCGGGUUCCGAUCCACCAAUGUUAAACGCUCAAACCCGAGAUCAAGAUUUUGUUUAAUUGCUUCAAUCUCUGUGGGGGUCGCGCUAUUUUGCUACAUUAUGCUCUUCGGGAAUAAAAGUGAAAGAAACAAGAAAUAUGGAGUCGUGAUUGAUGGUGGGAGCACGGGGACUAGAAUCCAUGUCUUCAAGUACGAAGUUAGAAAUGGGAAUUUGGUGCUUGACUUUACCGAGAAAGGUUUGGUGUCGAUGAGGGUACAUCCUGGGUUGUCAGCUCACUUGGAUGAUCCGGAUGAGGCGGGUCAUGCUAUUAGUGAGUUGGUGCAGUUUGCCAAAGGGAAUGUGCCGAGUGAUCAAUGGGGGAACACAGAGAUUCGAUUGAUGGCCACUGCUGGUAUGAGGUUGUUGGGGAAUGAGGAUCAAGAGAGGAUUUUGAAUGCGUGCAGGAGGGUAUUGAGGGCGUCUGGGUUCAAGUUUCAUGAUGAUUGGGCGACUGUCAUUCCAGGAUCUGACGAGGGCUUAUAUGCUUGGGUUGUGGCCAACUAUGCCCUUGGAACUCUUGGAGCCGAACCAGCACAGACCACUGGGAUUAUUGAGCUUGGUGGUGCUUCAGCUCAGGUUACAUUUGCCUCGGAUGAGCAGGUGCCUCCUGAAUUCUCUAGAAAAAUCAAAUUUGGGAAUUUUACGUACAACCUUUACAGUCACAGCUUGCUUCAAUUUGGCCAGAAUGUUGCAUUUGAGUUGUUGAAAGAAUCUCUCUUGUUGGGUGGCCAAGAAUCUGUUGCGGAAUCUCUCCAGAGAGAGAAACCAUUGGAUCCUUGUACUCCUAGUGGAUAUGCUCAUAAUGAGGAUGCAUGGAAGCUUUCUCCUACUUCCUUGGUUGAAAAGAAUAAAUAUUUAUCUACUUUGCUUCCAAGAGGUAAUUUCUCUGAGUGCAGAUCUGCAUCUUUAAAGCUGCUGCAAAAAGGCCAAGAUAAAUGUUCUUAUAAGACCUGCUACAUCGGUUCAACGUUUAUACCGAAGCUCCAAGGGAAGUUUCUGGCGACAGAAAAUUUUUUCCACACUUCUAAGUUCUUUCGGCUGGGUGAAAGAGCUUCUCUUUCUGAUCUGGUGGUUGCCGGGCAUGAAUUUUGUGGUGAGGAUUGGUCAAAAUUGACACAAAAGUACAACUCUCUGGAGGAAGAAGACCUACUUCGUUAUUGCUUCUCGUCAGCAUAUAUUGUGGCCUUGCUUCAUGAUAGUCUUGGAAUUGAUUUGGAUGAUCAGAGAAUUGGAUAUGCUAACCAAGUUCACGAUAUCCCGCUCGACUGGGCAUUAGGAGCCUUUAUCCUGCAAAGUGCUGAAAAUUUGGAGAGAAGCCAUUCUGAUUGGACGUUCUCCAUAAUAGGCGGCAACUCUUCGAAAUUGCCACUUGUAUUUGGAAUUUUCCUCCUUUUGGUACUCGUAUCAUGGUUCAUAUUGGGAUGGCGAAAACCUCAGCUGAAGACAAUAUACGAUUUGGAGAAAGGGAAGUACAUAGUCACACGCAUCAGUAGAUACUCGUAAUUUAUGUCGUAUUCAAAUAUGCAAAGUUUAAUCAAAUCAAGGAAAAAAUGCCAAUUUUCUCAAGAUUCUUGCAAAAGUUUUGUUAUGGUUCUUUGGAAUUUGGUUCUCUUGUUAACUGCCGAUUUGAAAGAUGAAAGAGAUUGGGGAUAUGAUGCUGGCAGUUCAAUGGAUCAUUCCUCAGACUAUUUGUAAAAAUUGGGCUGGGUUUUACUCGGAGGUACAAUCUUGUUCAUAUAAUAUAUAGUGUAUUAGGGUAUUUGUGGACGAUAGAUUUUUUUUUAUAUUUAUAGCGAGGGAGGCCUAUGAGAUUGUGUGUGGUGUGGCUGGUCUCCCUGUGAAAGAGUGCUUUCAGAUCAUUUUUAAUUUAUGCUCAAGGUUGGUUUUCUUUCUCUUCGCUUCUAAGUUUUGUUGCUGCUGACCUACUUUGAAGCUGAUUAAACAUUGUUCAUCAAUGAAUACUUUUUAUGUCUAAUUGCAAUUCUUCUUGUUCUUAGAGUUUUAUUUUUUCUUUUUCUCAUAUCUUUUAUGGCAAGUCCAGUGAGCCUCGACAUGUUAGAUCUAACGAUACGUGAUCGAAAGUUAAAAGCUCG